GCAGCGGUUACAACUCCACGUUCUUCCAUCAACAAUCAUUCAGUAUUCAAAAAGACACCAAAUAAUCAAAACUCGCUAAGUUGAUAAGAGACGACCUGGUCAGAACCUCAGCGCGGAUCAGUCGACGCGGUCUUACGAAAAUCUGAACGUUCGGAGCAAAAGUACACUAGUGAUAGCAACAACAGUGCGAACUUGUCACAUUUUAAAAAUUCAAAUUCUAAUUAAAAGCGGCAUUCUUCGACGCGGCCUAAUUUCACCUAGUAAAGGGCGAAUUUGCAUACAGAUAAGCUCAUUUUGGCGGCACACAAAACGCGAAAAACCAUCUGUUGAUCUGGGGAAAGUUUGUAAUUGGGAAUGUGCAGCGAGAGUAGAGAGAUGUACAAGUUCGAAAUGAAAUAGAGAAAGUUUUCGGGAAAUUCCGUUACACUACAAUCUGGCGACAAAUGUUUUCUUUUGGACGCUUCUGGGACGCACGAAUUUUCCUAAACAAAGCCGCUUCUGCCACAGUGAACUCGAGUAGACGGACACUAAUAAACACUUGAAUUUUUAAUAAAAUACGUACCUAAAAUUUGUGAUAUUUUUUCUGUUCUAGUUGUAGUUUUUUAUCUGAACCCCUAGCUGAUUACUGUAGACAUAUCAGGAAUAGUGCUUCAUUGGUAGAAUAGUUCAGAUCUUUACGAAUUUUCUUCUAUGAACAUUUCUACUUCUGAGCAAUCUACGGCUGACGAGGAAGUAAUUGUGAUUCGAACAUAGUGAUAUUUUCCAAAAGUGACGAUGAGUUUAUCGCGUUCCUGCUUGUCUAACCGGACGAUGAAUGGAAAGAUUUCAUCCCUCGUAGAACAACAUGGUACCGUGGGGGCCUUACGCCCCUCGGCGGUGGCGAGAGUGGGUCAGGCCGUCAACGUGGCGGUGGAGCGUUUCGUCACCGUCGGCGAGGCGAUCGCAGACGAUUAUCCUGAAGUUCGACAAGGCAUGUACGAAGCUUGCAAGGAAGCGCGCCAAGCCGGCGGAAUAAUCGAGCAGAUUUGCGAGGAAACCGACGAAGAGGUCCUCCCGGACCGCACAACCCUGGUUCGCGCCGCAAGAUGUCUUCUGGGAGCCAUCACUCGAGUCCUACUUUUAGCCGACAUCGUUGUGGUAAAGCAGCUGCUUCUGGCAAAAGACAAGGUCUCGCAUAGCUUAGAUCGUUUAGAAUCCGUCAACAAUUUCACGGAAUUCGUGAAGGCGUUCAGUCAAUUCGGCGCGGAAAUGGUCGAAUUAGCCCAUUUAACCGGUGACAGGCAGAACGACUUGAAGGAUGAGCGAAGGAGGGCACAGAUGGCCGCAGCCAGGCAGGUUUUGGAAAGAUCGACGAUGAUGUUACUCACUUCGAGUAAGACAUGCUUGAGGCACCCCGACUGCAGCUCAUCGAGGGAGAAUCGCGAUACGGUCUUUUGUCAAAUGAGAAGAGCGAUGGAUCUGAUACAUUUCGUCGUGAAAGAUGGCGUUUUAAAUUCGAGCGAGACGUCUUGUCGGACCACUCAUGGGGAGGAAUUAGAGAGCGACCGAGGGAGCGCCUACGCCUGCAUGCGGCAUCUGCAACAUCUACUGGAGCUGAAUAAAGUUACAAUGGAUCAUUCCUGUCAAGAAACUCUUCCAGCUGCUCUAGAAGCUGUCUUAGAAAGAACUCAGGAUUUCACUGAUAGUGCCUAUACUAGCCAUGAACAUAGAGAAGCCAUUCUAGAAAGUAGUGAAAGACUAAAGACGGAAGUUGAUCAUCUUUUAGGGCUUUACGCUAAUAUAAUUGAUUUCGAGGGUGCUAUUAACUGUCCAGAAGUUGAGAGUUCCGUGUCGGCUUGUAUAAAUUCAGCUCGCGACUUGUCCCGACACUUGUCCAACGCAGGGAUCCAGCAGGCACAGGAACUCAGCACUGCGACGAAGCAAGGACUGGAAUUAGUCAGUAGUAUUCGGCAACAGGCCCUAAUGUCUGAUAUCGAUAGACUUCACCACACCUCUAAUGCCUUUCAAGAUUCAAUCGACCACAUUUUGGAGGUCUGUAAAUUGCUGCGGCACGUCGCGGUUUCCGAGACGCUGCAAGUGUCCGCGAAAUUCACAGAAAUCAAUCUGCGGGUCUACGGGCCACAGGUGAUCACGGCUGCUAAAACGCUGGCGGCCUACCCAGGUAGUAAAAUUGCUCAAGAAAAUUUAGAAGUUUUUGCGGAUAUGUACCAGUGGCUUGUGUCUGACGUUACGACAAUCGUUAAGGAUGUACUGGAGGCGAGCCAGGCGAAACCGGAGAAACAGGUCUAUAUGUCGCUGCCGAGACCAGGUAAGCAUGGAACUACGUCGAAACCCCUUAAGGCUGUUAGACUGGAUACGGAGGAGCAGGAGAAAAUCGCCAAGUCGGGGCUGGAGAUGAAACUGAUAACUAGCGAAAUGGACGCCGAGACGGAUAAAUGGCAAGAGAGCAACACCCAAGUUGAGGAAAACAACGACAUCGUGAAAAGGGCUAAGAACAUGUCAGCUAUGGCUUUUUCUAUGUAUCAGUUCACUAAAGGAGAAGGUGUCUUAAAAACAACCCAGGACCUGUUCACCCAAGCCGAAUAUUUCGCGGAAGAGGCCAACAGACUGUAUAAGGUUAUUAGGCAAUUUAGUUAUCAGGUUCCCGGUGGUGCUAACAAAAAAGAACUCCUCGAAAACUUAGACAAAGUGCCAACGUUUGUGCAGAGGCUGCAGUUCACUGUUAAAGAUCACACUGUUGGUAAAGCGGCCACUUUUACAAAAGUUGACAACGUCAUCCAAGAAACCAAGAACCUCAUGAACGUUAUUUCGAAAGUGGUCACCACAUGUUUCGAGUGCGCUACCAAGUUCGGUAUAAUAAUGCCUCAGAGACUAAGGGUCCCGUGCGCAUCGUUGGAUGGUAGACCGUUACCGUACAAACUGGAAUUCAGGGGUUCAGGUAGCGGCGCCGGCCGAGGCGCAGGCGGAGAAGGCGGUUCUUCCAGCGGCAGCGGAACCGGCGGAGACAACAAGGGUGGAGGUGCUACAGGCCAAGACCAAAGUUUAUGACAGAUGGGGAUGUCCCGGCGCAAUAAGGGAGACUCGAGACGUACUCGAGUCUCCUUUUUAUUGUUCUAGGACAUCUGCCGUCGUUGUUAUAUUGUUACAAAGCAGAGGCUCCGCUACUAUGUUCAUAUGUCAGGUUUUCGAAGUUAUGCUCAUUGUAAAUCCAUUACCAAAGAAGUUCGUUGUAGACAUUAUGUUUUAUAUAUUUUUAAUUUUUAGACACUUUUACAGCCCGUUUCGUUUUUAUAUAUUGUAAAAUAGCAGUUACGCUGCAUAGAGUUGUUAUUUGUUAUUGGUGCAUUCGCCGGAAUGCGCAAAAAGAUAAUACAAAGAAAUGAUAGAUAAGGAGAGAUUUGACUGAGAGGGUGAAACGACCGACGUAUUUUUGUGAUGGGAGGUCGGUUGUUUGGGUGGAGAUUCGGACGGGGAAUAAACAGGGAUGGACUAAUUGAAACAAUCAUAAGACAUUGAUGACUAAUUAAGCCCUACACCAAUCAUUUCUUGUAACUCCAAUAUACUCAUGUAAUUGAUAGUAUUUUUAUUGGGUUUUUUACGUAGGUUUAAAAUAUGAAUGUGAUCUCUUUCGAUUUUCUGUUUUGUAUUCAUUCUGGGUUGGUUCUUCGACGUCUUCAAUCUAAUAUGUGUUUUAAUCUAAAAAUAGAACGAGAUGUUUUACUGUGUUUUGAUUCUAAUUGUCUGCUGAUGUGUGACUGUUAUUCAGACUAUUUAUGGAAUAUUUAAAAUACUAGGAUAUACUUAAAUUGUUGUGCCUGUAACAUAUUUAUAAAGAACUCUUCUCGUUACAGUUUAGUUGACGUAAUUGUGUAUUGGGACUGUAUUUUAUAAGAGAAAGUCACUUUAUUUCUUAUUUUCUUAACGAUUAUUCCUUGAAACCAAAGUUAUUUUUAUUAGGUUAUGAGCUAGUUUGUAUAGAAGAGAGACCUAUAAUAUUUUCAUGACCAGUAGGGGUUAGAUUUUGUACCUUUUAAAUCGUAUACUUGACUGUUAACGAUCUGGAUAUUAUCGACAUAGGUGUGCUACAGGGGGAUUAUUGUUGGUGUUUUGAAAAGUGUUUAUGCCGGGUUGAGUAAUAUCUCUUAAAUAAAGCAUAUAAUGUAAACACUGA